UAUGUAAAUAGAUACAAUACACGAAUUGUUUUUUUUUUUAAAUAAAUAUUCCUUCACGCAUUGACAUCUCACAUUUAACAGUGUGAUAAGAAGUAUUUAUAAUUUUGAAUUCAAUAAAUUAUCUUUUGUGUCAUUCUGUUGUAAGGGACGAUAAAAACAAUAAAACAAUCAUAACAAUAAAUAACAACCAUUCAGUGAAUCUGAGCAGAGAUAUUGAAUUAUCACUCGGUUGAAUAUAGAUAAUAUAACGCAAACAAACGUUAUCAGUUGUUGUAACACUUAAAUUAAGAAGCUCAAAUAUCAACCAGAUUGUGCAAAAUUAUGUAGUCAAGUAAUAGACGGUGUUACAUGACAAUAUCAUAAUUGACAUCUUUGUAUGUGUAGAGUUUGCAUCUUCUUUUCAAAAACGUUAACAAGACUAAAAGUUUCUUUAAAAAAUGCAUGGAAUUGUUGAACUAAUUUUGACCAGUGCUUCAUUGUGGAUGCUGUUACAAGUUAUCUGGAGCAGUUUAAUAAGUGUGUUUUAUCAUUUCUGUAUACCAUGGAUUGUUUGGGGUACCUUUAUUGCGGCAAUUGGAUUAAAAAUAGCCAGGAUUCCACCGCCAAAUUUGAAUAUUGUACAAGAAGUGCUUGGUAUAAAUCCUAUUUUGUUGAAAAGAGAUAGUACCAUGUCCAAGACUCAUGAUAAUGAAGAGCAACAUUGCAUGCGAGUGGUGGCUCAUCGUGGUGGAGGAUACGAUUUCCCUGAGAACAGCUUAACAGCUUUCCGUAAUUGUAAAGACAGAGGCUGUAAUGCAGUUGAACUUGAUGUACUUCUUACAAAGGACAAUGUACCUAUAGUGUUUCAUGACACAACAAUUGAUAGAGUUACUGGACAACAUGGGACUAUUAAAGAUAUGACAUGGGAUCAAUUAAAAGAUUUAGAUAUUACCCAUAACCAUCCACUCAAGGAUAAAUUUACUGAUGGCGAAAAAAUUCCAUUACUUUCUAAAGUUUUAGAAACUUGCUUAUCCAAUGAACAGAGAAUAAUCAUAGAUAUAAAAGAAAAAAGACUGGAAGUUGUAGAAGCAAUUCUAGAUGCUUACAAAAAAUAUCCAAAAUUAUUUCAAAGAGCAGUUGUAUCCAGUUUUAAUCCAAUUAUUAUAUAUAUGCUUAGAAGAAAGGAACCUCGUAUUGUGUCGAGCCUUGCAUGGAGACCUCAGUAUUUUUCAAGAGUAACAUAUCUUGGGUUAGAUGGUCCGGCACCGGCACGAUAUAACAAUCCAUUUAAACAUAUAGCAGCUUCGGUGUUCGAUUAUAUAUAUGAUUGGAUGCUUAAUCAUUUUAUAUACUACAUUGUGGGAGUUUCUGCUAUUUUACUGCAUAAAGAUAUUGUCAAUCAGCGCGUUAUCCAAGUAUGGCAUGAUCGUAAUGUUCGUGUCAUGGCAUGGACAGUAAAUCUACCAUCAGAAAAAUUACAUUUUUCACGACUAUUUAAAAUUACUUACAUAACGGAUACACUAUUAGUUGAAAAAGAUAUGUAAUAAUCAUAUUACAUGCUUUAUGGUGUAAAAGACUAUUUUAUACUACUGAUAUUAUAAAGCAUUAUAUUCAGUAAUCUAGUCCAUUCAAUAAAAUAACGAAAAUAUA